CUGCGGUUCCGACGGGGCCGUUACGCUAAAAAUACGCAAAAGCUGCGGCAUUUACCAAUCGACUACAUCCCCUCCACACCUCAUGUCGGCCUCCAGACGCCGCUCGUCCAAGGAAUUCGCUGCCACCAACGCAGCCUUGCUGGAUGACCCUGAAAAGCUCGCCGAGCACGAUUCUGCAUCGGCGCCGCCCGCUGGAAAGGUCGACAUCAGCAGCGUCGUCGACACUUCCUCGACGGAAACGCUGGCGGACUUGCCAUCGCGGUCGCGUACCAAGUGCCGCGAAUUGUCCAAGAAGCAGGGUGGCGGCAAGAAAGGACUAUGGGGGAAACCCGAGGAUCUGAUUGUGAUCCCCAAGGUGGAAAAGGAAGACCCGAACUUUGACAGCGAAGAAGAAUCGGACGAUGUCAUUCUGGUCACGUCGUCCCCCAAGGCCCGACGCCUUUCUACGACGGCGAAGAAUGCGCUGUUCCAAGACAACGCCCGCGCAUUUGGCGCCAGUCCUGUCCCCGACGACAUCAAGGCGCAGAUCGAAAACAUCAUCACCGAGUACUUUUCGAGCGGCGACGUCGACGAAGUGCGUAUUCGUCUUGGCGAGCUGUCGAUAGACACGGACGGGCAGUUCAACUACGAACUCGUGAAGCGCGCCAUCACCAUGUCCAUGGACAAGCACGAGCGGGAACGGGAAGCUGUGUCCCGCCUGCUCUCGGAGCUCUACCUGAACGGCCUCACGCCUGUCGAACUGGCGCAAGGGUUCCGUCGCGUGAUCGUGUCGGCGGAUGAUUUGGCGUUGGACAUCCCCACGGCCGUGCACAUGCUGUCGAUCUUCGCAGCGCGAGCUAUCGUGGACGAAAUCUUGCCGCCGCGGUUCCUGGAAGAUCCAUUAUUGGCUGCCGAUGGCGACGACGUGGUGCAAGAAGCGAUCAAGAAACUGAGCAUCAAUCACGGCACGGUUCGCAUGGAGAAGGGCUGGGGGCCAGGCGAUGGCCGGCCCGUGGAAGAGCUCAAGGUCGCCAUUGACCAGCUCACGAAGGAGUAUCUGUUGUCCGGGGACCUCGAAGAAGCGUCGGCGUGCGUCCGGGAACUGAACGUGCCCCACUUCCACCACGAAGUGGUCAAGCGCGGCAUCAUCAACUCGUUUGAGGAAGGCAAGGAGUACACGAACGCCAUUGGGUCGCUCUUGGCGUACUUGGUGAGCCAGGAUAUCGUGUCCACUGCGCAACUGCGCAAGGGCGUGGACAAGGUGGCACUGACCCUCCCCGACAUCCAGCUGGACGUGCCUGGCGCCAAGGGCUUGCUCACGGCCCUCGUCGCCCGCGCCAAGUCGGACGGAAUCUUGCCUCUUGACUACCAUGUGCAGUAGUCUUAGUCAGAAUCCCUGAAAACUUGUAACGAUACACCGUUUCACCUGUCCUGUUUAAAACGCGUUCAGGACGAUUUAAGCGUUUUAAAACUAGGCUUGGGAGUUUUAAUUCAUGGCAUAACGUUUUAAUAUUAAUACCAACCUAGGAUACUAUUAGCACAUAUGGUUUAAUAUAUUAUAAUCAAAG